GCCGACGGGAUAUAUUUGUCCCGUUCCGUGUUGCACAGGACUAGCCAUGGUGGAGGACUAGCGGAGCCCGACAGCUGAGGCGAUGCGGAGAACUUUUUGUUGGAGGUUAGUGAAGUUCCUCGUCGCUUCAGCUGUGCUCGUCCUGUCCGCUCACCUCCUGCUCAGCUCGGUCAGCAAACACACGGAGUUACCGCCCACGCUCUCAGCCGGGGAGUAUCGGCUCAUUUCCCCGGACACGUACCACUACCUGCUCAACCAGCCCGCUGUGUGCCAGGACAGAAGCCCCUUCCUGGUGUUCCUGGUCCCGGUCGGCCCUCAGGAGGCUGCAGCGCGGGAGGCCGUCAGGGGGACAUGGGGCGGCUCCGGUCCGGGGAGCCUCACUCUGUUCUUCACGGGGCUCCCAGAGGGGGGCCGGGGGGCAGCGGCCCAGAAGGAGCUGGAGGAGGAGAGCAGGCAGCAUGCGGACAUCAUCCAGAUCAACUUCGUGGAUAGUUACCACAACCUGACCAUCAAGACCGUGCUGAUGAUGAAGUGGCUGGCCACCCACUGCCCCCACGCCUCCUACGCCAUGAAGGUGGACGCAGACAUCUUUGUCAACGUGUUCCAGCUGCUGGGCCGGCUGAGGGGCUCCCCCCGGCAGGGCUUCAUCACCGGCUCGGUCAUCCGAGACGGCAGGCCGAGGAGGGACCCCAGCAGCAAGUGGUAUCUGUCAGAGGAACUGUACCCCGAGGACAGCUUCCCUCCGUACGUGUCCGGGGCCGGCUAUGUGUUCUCCGCUGACAUGGCAGCGAGGAUCUCCUGGGCCUCCAGGUUCGUCCGGCUCAUCCCGCUGGAGGACGUGUAUGUGGGCUUGUGUCUGCGGGUGCUGGGGGUCCGGCCGGUCUACUCCUACAGCCUGCCCUCCUUCAGGAACCUGUUCGAGAUCCGCAGCCUGCAGUACGACAGGUGCAUCUUCAGCAGGCUGGUCAUCAUCAACGGGUUCAAGCCGUCAGAGCUGCUGCAGGCUUGGCACGACUUCUCCAAAGGCCACGGCAGCUGCUGACUGCUGUAUACAGGUGCUCCACAUGCAGAUCUGACGAAAACAGCAGCCUUCUGUAAAGGAAAGAAAGCCAUUAGAACCACAGCCAUGAGAGUGAGGACCAAAGACAAGUGUUGAAUGGUUGGAGAGGGCAGAUCUACUGAAAUCAGGUCAUUUUUAGAGGUGCAGUCAUUAGUCAGUCACUCAAAUAGUUGAUCAACAGAAAGAUCUCAGCUGACUGUUUUGAUAAUCCAGUAAUCAUUUAGUCACGUUUAUCUAUUCAUCCUGUGCCUCAUGAGGGGCAGUCACUCUUUUGGUUGUGUGCCCUGCUGUAAUGCUUUAUAUUUAAAUCUAUCACACAGUGAGAAUUGAACUGAAACACGAUUUUGAACAAAACAUUUAUUUCUAAUGUCUUAUGUUACUGAUGAAACUGGGGUUCGACAGAUUUUAGCCACUAAUCAGACUGCUGGUCAGAUAAAAAGUCAUUUGAAGCUGUCACUUUGAAAUGGGCAUGUUUCACUCAUUUCUGACAUUACCACCUGUGAACCAUUAAGUAAUUUUUAAAGCAAAGAUCUCAAAUAUUUGAUGGAUCCACUUUCUGAAAUGUGAUAAUUUGAUAUGGUUUUGUUAUGUGAGACACUAAACUGAAUCUUUUUGAUUUUUCGUCUUUUGAUCAAACUAAAAGUCUGAAUAUGUCACUUGUAGAUGUGGAACUAAUACUACAGUAAACUUCUCUUUACUGCUAUUUUGUAGUCAAAGAAUAAUUUCAUUGAAAACAUAAUGUGCAGAUUGAUUUAUAAUUAAAAUAAUUGAAAGGUGAAACCCUAAACUUUCUAACUGAUGAUUUAUUUAAGUUGUGUACAAAACAUACAGAAAACCUGUUCAGAAAUGAGAAGUGGAUGAUUUAUGAUAAAUUCCUCUGUCCAAAAUAAUACACUUUAAGUAGACUGAACAAUGAAUAAAAAAUGACAAAUCCCAAAAAUAAAUAAGGGUUAAAACUGGCCAAUUGAUCAGUUUGCCAGAGUUCAAGGUAACAGCUUCAACUGUUUUUGUGUGGCUAAAAUCCCCAAGCGUACUCCACUCAGUCAGUAAGAUUAGAGAGCAGAGGACCUCCAACAACCUGAUCAGAUGAGACACUGCUGACCAGUGACCGCUGACAGCGAAGCAUCAGUCAGGACGCCAGACAAGUUCAAUCUUGUUUAGAGCUGCAACAAUUCGUCAGUGUUCAAGAAAACAAAAAUUGACAAAAUGUGUAGUUUCAUGUCCAGAUCGCAGAAUUUGCUGCUUUUCUUUAUCUUAUAUUAAGGUAUAUCAAAUAGUUUGUGGUUUUGACUGUAUGUGAGACAAGACAAGCUGUUAGUGACAUCAUCAAGAGUUGUCGGCAGUUAUGAAGUUUUUUCACUGUCUAGACUGAACUGUUAAUUAAGAAAAGAAUUGCUAGUUGCACCCUGCCUGUGUUCACAAAUUGCUGUAUAUGCCAAAGAUUAGUCUCUAUAUGUGUUUGCUUUGUUUCUCUAUGUUUUACAGUGCCUCAAAAAUCUCUUUGUAUUCACCUGUUAAGCACCUUGUAAUUCUGGUUUUGUAGAGUGCUGCAGAAUACCAGUUUGCUUACAUAGAACAAAAAAAAUCCUCUUCCUUGACAAGCCUCACACCAUUCAUUCAAACCAAUAACUGGUUAGCUGUCUGUCACUAACUAAUCACUGAUUAGUAAUCAACAGUGACAAUAACAUAGAUUGUACAUUAGUUUCUUUUAUGGGCUAGUUGCACUAAGUCAGUUUCAGCCCAUUUAGUGAGGAAGCAACAGUCCUUUAAGUCUUAAGAGACGCUUUAUUUUCUGAGAAGUCAAGGUGCUUCAGCUUCUUACUGCUGUCAGUCUGACCUGCCAGUUCAUAUUUUACACCAAAGACUCUUUGAAGAGUAUUCUUCAGUUAGUGCCUGAUGGACUAAGAUCCGUAUAUGUAUGGAUCCCUUUACCCAGCAAAACACUGGGCCCUAUGCAAGACCAUGUUUGUAUCCUUAUCCUGAACCUCUCUGCCUUUUUUCUCUGAGAUUAUCGAAGCGCUCCAGGUCUCAACUGGACUUUGUUGUACGUUGCUUGUUUGGGCCUGAUCUUUUUACACUCCUCAUCUGUUCAUGAGGAGUUGUGCAUUUGUGAGAUGUCAUUAUUAGAAUCAUUGACAAACCUGAACUUCCUGUUCCAGUGGUCAUGUUUUGGAAAUCAAAGAAAAUCAACACAGCAAAUGCAGCAGGUGAAGGAGCAGAAACUGUAACAGACUCUAAAACAUCUUUAGGAAGCAGACUGGCCUAUGACUAGUUGUAUGUUUCAUGUUGGCAUCAUAUGCAAAUCUGUUCAUGACUCUUUCGAAAAAGGUCUGUAGAGACAGCUCAAAGAAGGCCACUGAUUCCUGUCAGUCCACUUGUGUGCUGCACUGAACUACAUACUUGUUGGUAUGGGUGGUUCUUGCAUGAGGCCCAGUAUGUUAAAAGAUUUAAAAUCUUGACUUGCUUCAUUGCACUGCUGCUUUGCAAUAUAAUCUAGCAUUUAUGCAAUAACCUGCAGAUCAUGCGUGCGGUUACUGUGCCUGCUGACAGAUAGAAUGAAUCUGUGCCUUGUGCCUGGUUCUGUCUGUGCUGUAGUUAUAGCUGACAGCCAGCUGGUGGCAGUAUGGAGGUGUGCUGCUGCAUCUGCCGCUGCUGGUUCUCUGUCAGACGCUGAUAGACCAUACAUUUGAACUGUGAUAUUUAUUAAGGAAAUAACUUUUACUGUGUCUUGUGCACCAAAAUGCCUCAUAGAUUUAUACCUUGAUAAAAAUGCUGGGUUUGUCUAUUCAUAAGCUUUUCUUUCCUGAAGCAGGAAAAUCUUCCUAUUGCUGGUUACUCCCUUGGUUUCAUUAGAGAGUUUUAUGCCAGAAAAAAUGCUGUUUUCAGACUCAAUAAAAGUCUUGGAAAAAUGUUGAA